UAUGUCAAAUUUCAAAUCAAAUUCUGAAUCAAAUUAAAUGGAACGUCUAAACUAAAUUCCCGUCAUUAAAAAAAAUACAAAAAGAACUUUAAACCUUGUUUAAACUUUUCGGUUUAUAAUAGUACAGGACUGACUGCCUUUAGAUAUAUUUUUUUUCGAGAAAUUUCCCUUUCGUCUUUUGUAAUAUUAAAGGUACGUCAUUUUAUAAAGUUUCGGUUUAUCUAGAAUUACGAAAAUGACUUCACUGGAACAAGAAAAGUUGGCAACUGAAAAAUUUAUAGAAAAUGCUGUGACAAAUGAGAGAAAUGAUCAAAGCAAUGGAUAUAAAAAAACUGAGUCUUCUAAAAUCGAAUCUGCACAUAUUCUGAAAGAGAGUGAAGACCAAAUUUAUGAUGGUAACAUGCUAGACUGUGUGCUAGACUCUUCCCUAUUGAAAUCCAUCAACAGUGAAGCUGAUAGUAUUGAAGGAUUUGAAGACUUGACAUCAAGUAAUUUGUCUACCAUCGAUGCAAAAGAAAUAGAAUCCAAAGGCAGUUCUGAUGAAGAAAAACCUAACACAAAUACGUCCAAUUUAUCAGAAAAUUCUUCAAACACCCCAGAUAUAGAGACAGUUAAAGAGGAAUGGUCUGAUUUGUUAGGAUCCGGAGUUAUCUUGAAGAAAAUAAGGAAAGAGGGUGAACCUGAUACUCGCCCCAAAAGAUCUGAUAGAUGUUUUAUAAAAUACACAUGUCGACUGGAAGAUGCUGAUGAAAAUAAUUUUGUAGAGCAGUCUGAUAAUUUUGAAAUGUGCCUUGGUGAAGGAGAUGUCAUUCAAGGGCUAGAUGUUGCUGUUGGCCUAAUGAACAAAUACGAAUGUUGUAUUCUAAAAAUUCAGUCUCGUUUAGCUUUUGGGGACAAGGGCAGCCUUCCUCUUAUUCCUGCCAAAGCUACUGUAGUGUACGAUGUGGAACUGCUAGAUGUAAAAGAUGAAGAGGAGUUUGAUAACCUUACCACUGAGGACAGACAAAAAAUUGGUAAUAAAAAGCGAGAAAGAGGUAAUUGGUGGUACCAGAGAGGAGAAAACACACUGGCUGUUCAGUGUUAUCGCCGUGCAUUAGAUUUCUUGGAUGAAGUUGAAACAGAGAGGGACGCUUACAAGCCCACCGAUUCACAGUUGCAAGCCCUUCUAGAAGAUCGUCUUAAAGUUUUGAAUAAUAUGGCAUCCGCACAGAUAAAAAUGGAACUCUACGACCAAGCUCUUGUUUCUUUGCAAACAGUUCUAAGGUGUCAGCCGGAAAAUGUUAAAGCUUUGUAUAGGAAAGCCAAGAUUCAUAUUGGCAAAAACGAUUUGCAUCAAGCAUUACAACUAUUGGAAAAGGCAAAAAGCAUUGAACCAAACGACUGCAGUAUUUUGAAAGAAAUUAAUAAUGUUAAUUCAAGAUUACAAAAGCAAAAAAGUUCUGAGAGGGAAUACGCUAGGAGAAUGUUUGGAGGUCCCCUACCAGCACCGUCAAAGAAGGAAUUUGAAAAGAAAGAAGACAAGAAGAAAAAUAGUCAGUUCAGCAUUUGGAGUAGUCUGGGAGCCACAGUAAUUCUGGGUUUAGCCGGUUUUAUUGCCUACAAAAUGAAAUAUACUUAAAUAAUCCUUUUACAACUUCUAUUUUUGCCUUUAUCUAUAGUUACAGCAUUUUAGAACUAUACAGGUUUUUCUACUGAU